CGUUUGGUCGACGCAACCAAACAGCUGUGUUGUCAUUUAAAAACAGAACAACAAACACACCUUGUGAUUAUUCUUUGUGUAGUGUUUAAUUUUACGUUUAAAACCGUCUGUCGCUGUGAGGAUACCGAUUGCUCCGUGGCCGCACAGUAUCGAUAAAACAACAUAUCUUCCAAUUUAGCGUGUCUUUGUUAGUGAAACUUUAUCCGUUCGAUCCGUUCUACACGAUCCGGUGCAGCAGAACAAUCAUCAUGUCGGUAGAAAAAUUCGAUCUGCAAAAGGUGCACGAAAAGUUCACUGAAAGUCUGGUCGGGGAGGACGAUGUCUACGUGGACCAAUAUCUGGAGGCAUUCAAAGAGUUGUACAAAUUUUUCCAGCUGAUGGGUACGGUGUUCGGGUUCGUGAGCAGUGACGUCAAGGAGAAGGUGGAAAUUCUGGAGAAGCUGCGCGGGAAAGAAAAUGCGGACAGCUUUCUCACCAUCCGCACGAUGAUGGAGUACGAGCAGGAGGCGAAUUUGCUCAGCAAGAAAGACUACGUAUCCGGCAGCCGGACACUGCUAAGGCUUCACCGAGGUUUGGAUUUUAUACAAGAGUUUUUGAAGCGUCUCGGCGAACUGGAAGGCGAUGAGAAAACGAACGGCGUUUGUCAAGCCGCCUACAAUGACACCCUUGCUCAAUUUCACCCAUGGCUCAUCAGGAAGGGCGCUAACGUAGCGAUGUAUGCCCUGCCGACGCGGGAUCAGCUGCUCGCCAAGGUCUGUGCGGACGGGGCCAUUGCGAUAAAGCUGCUGCCGGAAAUGUUGUCCGUUACGCGGAAGGUGUACGAUCGCACGCAAGAACUGUACACCAAGUACGAUCUGCACGGAUUGCCUUGAACCGAUUUCGCGAACGUCGUGUAUCGAACCUCCACAAAGAAUGAACGGACCGGUUGCUACAAAUUACGCUUACCGAGUGUAUUAUGAGUUGUCGCUUUUAAUUUGUGUAUUUUGUUUUGUUUAAUGUUGUUUUUAUUUGCUCCAUGUCGUGAUGUGAGUGUGUAAAGCGAACCAACCAAAUAGCUAAUUAUUUGUAGGUUAUUUGUGUUUUGAGCCCGUGCUUUACGAAGAACGCGGGCUCGAGUAGUGAUAUUAUAGGUUCAAGCUGGCUUGAUCGUGCGAAGAGCGUUAGGUGGUGCUCGCUUAGCGUAGUAUCGGUCAUAUCUCAAACCGUUUUAUCCGUUUUGAAAAGGUGCUACAUGUGUUAUACGUACAUCAGCUCAAUCUCGUACUUGCAUGUAAAGCUUUAGACAAAUCGUUUUUGUAAAAAAAAAAGUCAGAGGAAAGCUGUAUACUGUUGUCAUACAACUUGCUCAAUUUUCUGUACGAAAGAUGCAAGAAUUGAUACGCGUAUUGUAGUCAAUCAUCCUCCCCUCGCCACACAGACGCCACACAUUCCACCCGUAUUAGCAAUCCCGCGAUGAUGUAGCUCAUGUAUUUUCGGACGCGGAUGUUGGAAGAUGAGUAGAAAGGUUUUUUGGCUUGCUCGUAAAUAAACACUGUUGUGACAAUAAA